AAAAGUUGCGAAAAGCUCCUAAUACUUGCUAGGGGGCUAUCACACGAGACUAGACAUAUGAUGUGUAACCACAGACCCAACAGCCAUUCUAGAGCUAAUUCGUAAUUUCGAGCAACGACGGGCUCAACACUCGUAACUAGGCGACUACGCUAUGCUAUCUUUAACCAUAUCAUACUAUAAAAACGGGCCAGGGACUGCCGUAGCCCCUCAAAUGCACCCCACAACCGCUAUGAGGGGAGGAGUAGCCACCACCAGCUCAGCUGUCAGAGCUUUCUCUACGGGCACAUGCAAAAGUGCACCACUUUGCCUGCCACCUUUCUGACACCCGGAGGAAUUAUCG